AUGCAGGAUAAGCUAACAGACAGCCAGGCUCCCACUUCAUCGCGGGCGUCGUCGUUUUUUAUCGAGAACCUACUGGGAAAGGGACGGAGUGGGCAGCAGUCGACGUCGGACAGGAGCCGUGGGGAAGCGAGUGUGGAGACGGUGUCCACAAGCCGAGUCCUGAACGCACAACACGCCGAUGCGAGCGCUCCAGCGCCCGAUGGCUCGAGUUCCGCAGCUCGAUCCCCGUACAGAGACUCGCCGUUGCAGUGGUAUCGCGGGGAGUCUGCCUUAAACUUCAGAGCUUUGGAAACGCCACAGAGUCCAAGAGAUAACACAAGUUCAGACGACCACUGCUGCUCCAUAUCGACCAGUGACAGGUGCUCCCCCGCGGUAUCUGAGCCGAUAACGGAGGACAGCGACGAAACCGACAGGAAAACAGGCGACAGCAACCUGACAGACGACAACGAGGACGCGCACAACGGCUUUGACGCGCGGUCGGAGCAAGACGCGUCCUCGGACCCGAGCUCCACCCGGAAGAAGAAGACCCGGACCGUGUUCAGCCGCAGUCAGGUGUUUCAGCUGGAGUCCACCUUCGACGUGAAACGGUACCUGAGCAGCUCGGAGAGAGCGGGGCUCGCAGCGUCCCUCCACCUGACUGAGACGCAGGUCAAAAUCUGGUUCCAGAACCGGAGGAAUAAAUGGAAGAGACAGCUGGCGGCGGACCUCGAGGCUGCACAUAUCCCACACUCCUCCAAGCGGAUUGUCAGGGUGCCCAUUCUGUAUCACGAGGGACCCACACCCACUGCAGCUGUGGGUUUCAGCCUGAACGGACAUCCACUCUCUCCACCCGUGGCAGGCUUUUCGAGCUCCAUCAACUACCCUCUGUCCUCGUUUGCUCACUCCAUGAGCAUGUUAAGAUCGCAGAUGACCGGUUUGGUGUAAAAACUUUUACAGACUGAGACAUCAAACUGUUUGUUGGUAACAUAAAUUCACCCUGUUGAUACUGAAUCGUGCAAUAAACCACAAAGCCGCAUUAAACUGUUGACUUCAUCCAAAGAGCCGCAGAGACGUUAAAUAUAUGAAUCAUCUUUAUAAAUCUGUUCAAGAGUCUGUGCUCCUGACGCAGAAUAACAAGGCCGAGACCACUGGAGGCCGCAGCUGUUCCCGUACUGUAUGUUUGAAUACACACAUAUUUUUACAAACUUUUAUAUUUAA